ACAAAAAUUCAUCAAAACAAAAAAUACACCAACAAAAAAGGUACUAAAACCAAGUAAAAAUGGAGAGUUUUAACCAAAACCCACAUUUUACUACACUAAAAGUAGCAUUAACAAUCAUAACCUAUUUCUUAGUAGUGAGUUCAGUAAAGGCUCAAAUAACUACACUAUGUACAGCCUCAAUGAUAGCCACCUUCACACCAUGUAUGAACUACAUCACCGGCAGCACGGCUAACGGCUCGUCUCCUUCGUCGAACUGUUGUGGUGCAUUGAAAUCAGUGAUGAGUAGCAGUAUGGACUGUGCUUGUCUCAUGUUAACUGCUAGUAUUCCUCUGCCUCAACUUGUUAACAGAACUCUUGCACUUGGACUUCCUAGGGUUUGUAGAAGUGGUGGUGUUCCAUUGCAGUGUGAAGCUUCUACAAGUCCUCUUCCUGCUCCAGGUCCCCUGCAGUUUGGAGCACCUCCCACAGGAGCCUCACCUAGCCCAGCUUCACCUAGCCCGACUUUACCAAGGCCAGUUUCACCUAGCCCAGCUUCACCUAGCCCAACUUCACCCGGCCCAGCUUUUAGUCCCCAAGCAUCCAAAGCAACCGCCUUUACACCAGCAUCUGGACCAAAGGCCACAGAAUUACCACCGGUACCGGUGGUGGCACCAUCAUCAUCAGUGCAAGUCGAGGCACCAUCGAGGACUCCCAGGGUUCGACCAGUGUUGACACCAUCGACCUCGAGUGGUGUAUCAAUGAUCCCUUCACCUAUCACUAUUUGGGCAUGUAUAAUAGGGUUCAUGACCUUCAUGUUGUUCAAGUUGUAGCGUAACAUGUUACAUGUAUCACACAAAAAAUCGUGGUUAAGUGCUCCCUUAAUGUAUGUUGUAUACUUGUAUUGGGUUCAAAGCUAAAAUGUGUACUAGUUACUAGUACAAUUUUCCUAUUUCACAUUUUCCGGCUUUAACAAUAACUAAAUACUACGAAAUAUUUAUCCUA